CCAAUUCCCCCCCCAAACCGUGCCUCAGAGCCCCAACUGCCCUCUCUAGAAGUAAUGGCAGACAUCGUAUUAUCUGCUGCAGUCAGUUGCCUCUGGAUCGCGCAGACAGUGCUUUCGAGCUUAUGCAUCGUUUUUGUUCCUAAGCAGUCCUAUCUCCGCUAUGUUUGGAUACCCUGUUCUCUAUGGAUUGCAUAUCAAGCAUUUCGCUUGGUACAGAGAAUUCCGACCAGCCCCAUCCACUACAGCAAAGCUGGGGCUCAUGUUUUUGUUGUUGUUGCCCAAGCUGCAAACUUACUUGUACUCAAUCCCCUAGAUCGGAGAGAUCUCCUACGCGCAGAGGUAUUCAUCGAUUCAUCCCCAGUGCUCACCCAGAUCUGGUCCACCUUUGGAUUUCUUAUUGCCCUGCGCGGUAUUGGCACUCAUUGGCAAGUCAAGAAUGUUCCUGCUCACCCGAAGGCUCUCAUCCGACGAGCGAAGGGUAUACUUCCACGGAAGGCUUAUAUUAUUCGGCAAGGAGCGAUUCUUACCUGGCAGUACCUGGUGCUAGAUUUCGUUUACGUUCACUUUCUUCAAGAUGGCUCACCCAAGUCUUCUGUGCACGACUUUCAAUACCGAGGUGUUGACCUAGCAGGGUGGUUGAGACGGGCCGCAGCAGCUCUGGUUACAUGGUUCUUAGUUGCCAGGUUGCUCGUCGAUUCCAUUUAUCGAACUGCGACUCUGAUUGCUGUUGGACUGGGCGGAGCCGCACCAGACGACUGUCCGCCGCUGUUUGGAAGUAUGUGGGAUGCGUACACGCUGCGGAAUUUCUGGGGGUAUGUCUGCUAUAUCGCUCAAUUCCUCUUUUCCUCUCCCAAAGGGGACUAUACCUCUAUUGUGUUGAUGUCUGCGCAUAAGAGCAGCCUGUUUAUUCUGUCUUCUUUGAUCCUAACAAUAGCAUACGACUCCUAGGAAGUUCUGGCACCAGUCGCUGCGAUGGCCAUUCACAUCCUUCACCAAUCACAUCACUAGAGAUAUUCUCGGUCUCCAUCGACCGUCUUUUAUGGAGCGAUACCUUAACAACUUCCUAGUAUUUGUUCUAUCAGGUCUUCUACAUCUGAUGAUAGAUUCUAUGCAGGGCGUGUCGCCUAGUCAAUCCGGGGCGAUGACUUUCUUUCCUCUCUUCACGUUGGGAUUUAUAAUUGAGGAUAUACUACAGGAAGCCUGGAACAAACUAAACGCCAUAAAUCGAACCAACCGGUCAAAGCGGGGACCUUCCUCGUGGCAACGAAUCCUGGGAUUAUUUUGGGUUAUGACGUGGUUGUCUCUGACAUCACAUUGCUAUCUCGAAG